AUGUCGGGUACAAAAAUUAUUAAACCAAUUGCUACCUAUGCAACAACACCAUAUUCAUUUCAUCUACAUGAACAACCAACAAAAUCAAAACCAUUGGUUGUAGCUGGUACAACACUUAAAGAAGGUUCAUUAAUUUAUCUUCUUCAUCGUUUACCUGCCAAUUUUUUACUUCAACAUUUUUAUGAUGAUACAAAACAAUAUGAUAAAAUUCCAAUUCAAGAAUGGAAUCAACAUUUAAUUGGUCCAGGCUUAUUUCAAGAAUGGAUAUCGGCAAUUCGUAGUGCUCGUAAUCCAGAUGAACAAAAUUUAGAAUUAUUUGAAGAUACAAUUACACUUGGAUUUCGUACAACGCGUACUAUUUUACCCGAAGAACCAUUAUUAGCUUGGUUCAGUUUACAACAAUUGAGAACAAUAUGUGAAAGAAUUAAAAUGACAAAAAAAUUCAAAGUUGAAGAACUAUUAAAAUCCAGUAAAUGUCCUCAAUGUAAAGUUGAUUAUUUACAUAUUAAUGUUUUGGUUGCUCAUGUUCUCUUAGAUGAAUGUACAAAUAAUACAAACAUCAGAGAUUCUCAUACUGUAUGCAAAUUAAUUAAAAAACGUUGUUAUUCUAAAACGUCUCGUGAAAUCGAUCAAACAUCUACGUCAUCAAUUACAUCUUCAACACCAUCAAAUCUUACUGAAGAAGUAAAAACAGAUCUUGUACAACGUCCAUCAUUUACGUCAAAUGAUAUGUCGUAUAAAAUGAGUGUGUUAGAUGGAACUCAUGCACUAGAAUUUAGUACAAUGGAUUUUGAAGGAUGUCAACGUAAAGCUCAUUUAUGUUUAUUUUGUGGUAAAGUCUAUAAUCGAAAAUAUGGUCUUAAAAUUCAUUUACGUACACAUACCGGUUAUAAACCGUUAAAAUGUCGAGUUUGUCUAAGACCAUUUUCGGAUCCAAGUAAUUUGAAUAAACAUAUUCGUUUACAUUCUCAAACAACAACAUCAUUUUUAAAUCAUAAACAACAACAUCCUUAUAAAUGUGAACAAUGUGAAAAAGUGUUGGUAAGAAAACGGGAUCUAGACAGACAUAUGACAUCAAGACAUCCAUCACAUCUACAAGGAAAUAUUUAUUCAGACACGAGUAGCGAAGGACAAACAUCAAGUAGUAAAACAGAAGAAGGUGACAUUUGA